CUUCUACCUCAGAAGCUCUUUUCCCCCGAGAACCCAAAAGCACGUCUCUCAAUUUCUCUACCUCUUCAUCUUCAUCUCUAUCUCUUUUUCUAUCUUGUCUCGUGCUGUACUUUUCUCAAAAAACCAGCUUCUUCCUCUCUUUCUCCAUCAAAUUUUAAGCUUGCAAUCACCUUUUGCUUAUCUCUUUUCAGCUCUUAAUGGAGGAUCGUAAGGAGAAAACUGCUCCAUGGCUAUCAGUGCCACAGUUUGGGGACUGGGAUCAGAAGGGGGAGCUGCCUGAUUACUCCUUGGACUUCUCCAAAAUCAGAGAAAUGAGAAAGCAAAACAAGAGGGAUGUGUCAAGAGCAAGUCUUGGAAAUGAAGAAGACUUCAUUAACCCGACUGCCACCACCACUAACAACACCCAAAACGGCCACCAUGAUCAGCCUCAGCACCAUCAUUAUCACCAGGGCCACCACCACACUCCCACUGUAAGAUUCUUUAGCCUGCCUACUCUUGUUCAAUGUUGAGUUUUUAUGGUGAAAAUUUGAACUGUUGCUCCGUUGCAUCCACUGUCAAAAUAUUUUUCGUUUUGGACAUACAACAUCUUAAUAGUUUAGGAAAUUAUAAGCUAUUUAAUCAGCAUUAUCUGAUUCUUCUCAAGUGAGGUGGGAUGCCCAAUAUACCUGAAAUCUUUCUUAUGUUUUAUCAAUGUGAGAUUUGUCUAGGAUGUGACAUACAUAUCAUAAGUUUGAUGUGUUAUAUUAAAAUUCAAAUUUGCUUGUUGUGGGUGUCUUAUUGCAACAUUUAUGUUGCUUAAGUGCUUGCAGCAUCCAUGGUUCAAUUA